AUGUCGGACAAUGUCGACGAUCGAGACGCACCAUGGUUUCCCGAGAAUAAGCUCGAAUGGCGGCUCGAUGUCGUUACCCUACUCGCCGUCAUUGGCGAGGCGAGUAUGGCGGAGCACUCGCAAGCAAUCACCGCGUCGUUGUUAUUGCUCCCAGCUCCCCAAGCCUUCCUGAACGCGUCUCGACCGAAGCGAUUGCCCGAAACGAAAGCCAUUGUGUCGGGUGUACACAGCGGCGUCACCCUCGAUUCGGUCAGCUUCUUCGCGAACAUCCUCAUACCUCUCGACCUCCCACCUUACGCCUUCAAAGUGUGGAAAAUCGAACAUGUUCAUCCCGACCGACGCAAAAGCGCGAGGUCCCCCAAGGCCCCUUCAACUGGUCGUGGCGGCUUCCUCUCGGGACUAUUCGGAGGCGACAGGUUAAAAGAGGAGCAAAGCGACGAUGUAGAAAUGACCGGAAAUAAAAUCACUCCCAAGUCCCGCUCUGUACCCCUCGCUGAGGCCCCUUCGAACAAGGAGGAAGAGUUUGGGCCUCCGCGUCGCCAAGAGACGCUUCGGGAAAAAGUCGUGAAUGGGGCCAACGCCGUGGCCAACACCAUCGUCACCGGUAGUCCCAACAAGCGACCCGCCGUACCCGCCAAACUCUUCAGUCCUCUCCACCUGCUCACGCUCCUGAGCUGUGUCGUGUCGCUCGUCAUUCUCGCCACGGCCAUCUACUGGCACGACGGCACCGCGAUACUCGCCGUAUUCCUCAUCAGUGUAGCCUCCUCCAUUGUCGGCCUCGCCUCCUUAUGGGAACCGCAGUUGAUGUCCACCCAAAGCGCUGAGAACCAAAAGUUACCCCGCGGAGACAUCAUGAUUCGGACGCGCGAAGGCGCCUUCAUCUAUGUCCAAUGCGAUGAGAGCGUCGCGAGAGAACUCUUUUCGGGCACCGAGGAGUGCAAAUACACUGUUGGGUCGAAAUUACAUGACGCUCUCAUGGCCGUCGGCACCAUCAUUCUCAUGUUGGCAGUCGUGUUAUUAGGCAAUUGUAAGUGGAACUCGCAGAUCUUCAUCGGCGCCAGCUACAUCGUCCUCAAUGGCCUCUACUGGGCCAUCGGCAUGCUUCCCAAACGCUACUCGUGGGAUCUCACCCGUUACCACGUCGAAGACAUCACGCCCCCAGACGCCCGACACGCCGAAAAGCAGAUCGAUCUCCGAGACCUCAAGCCCGCCCACGGGAAGACCUUCGCGCGGAUAGGCACCAAGUUCACCGGAAUCAAGAGCACCGCGACCAGCUUCGUCCACUCCGGCUCCAUACACCGCCGACGAGACGAAGAAAAGGAAGAAGACCCCGCCCAGAAGCUCGCCGCCCAAGCAGAUGGGGAUCCUGGUCCGACCUCUCCCGAGGCGAGGGCAUGCUUCACUCGGACGCUGUGGUAUGCCAUUCGCGAGACGGAGACGGCCGACUGGGCGAGGCGGAGUAAUGCCGCGCCGAGGACGGACAUUUGGGAAAAGUGGCUUGAUGAGGCGGAUCUGCAGGCUCGGAAGAAGAACAGGAUCUGGGCGGCUGUGGCGUUUAAAGACGACGUCAUGAAGUUGUCGCAACCGUCGCAGUCUGAAAAGAGACCUUAA